UAUUGAUCAGCUGAUUCAGGAACACGGGGCAACAUUUGUUUUUGGACUUUUGUUUUGAUAAAGUUUGACAUGUUUAAAGUCCGCAUAACUGAAUGUUCUCGUCGCAAGCCUGUGAGAAUGUUUUGGUGGUGUUAAUUAUGCAACAGAAGUACGUUGCAGUUGUUUUACGUGGUUUUCUGUGGUGAUUUUUCGGGGGACAGAAAUGGACUCGCUGUGCGGUUGUUGCCCGAAUUGUCGUCGGCGGGACAGAACGAGUUCUACUCGGAGCGGAGGCAGUGACGACGUGGGUUUACUGACUGGUGAUUACUCGCAACAUGGAGGCAACAACUGGCUACCAGUUAAAGAUUAUGAGAGCUUGGAUUACGACAUCUGCCACAAUGCUCCUUACCAAGAGAUGGUGGAGAACGAUAACACUUGGAUGAGCCGCCAUCUUGGACUGAUGCGAUGGGUCGUUACCGCGUUGAUCGGUGUCGGCACAGGCCUCGUUGCUGUUUUCAUUGAUGUCUUUGUGAAGUACUUGAGCGAUUUGAAAUACAGCACUGUUAGCGACUCUAUCCUUGUCUGCAAGAAAGAUGGCUGCCUUGUUCUGUCUCUUCUCAUCCUGCUUGGAUUCGGUGCUGGAUUUGUCUUAAUUGCUAGCAUACUGGUUGCAAUAGAGCCUAUUGCUGCUGGGUCAGGCAUACCAGAGAUCAAAUGCUACCUUAAUGGCAUCAAGGUCCCCCAUGUUGUCCGACUGAAGACGCUUCUCUCCAAGGCCAUUGGGGUCUUAUUCAGCGUCUCUGGAGGUUUAUUUGUUGGUAAGGAGGGGCCCAUGAUCCACAGCGGUGCGAUCGUCGGGGCCGGGAUCCCCCAGUUUCAGAGUAUCACAUUCCGUAAACUCAACUUUAACUUUCCCUACUUCCGGACCGACAGGGAUAAAAGAGAUUUUGUCUCGGGUGGGGCAGCAGCGGGCGUUGCUGCUGCCUUUGGAGCUCCUAUUGGAGGUGUUCUCUUCAGCUUAGAGGAGGGCUCAUCCUUUUGGAAUCAAAUGCUGACCUGGAGAACGUUUUUCUGUGCCAUGUGCGCUACCUUCACGCUGAACUUUCUGCUGUCUGGGCUGGAUUACCAGCAGUGGGGAGCUCUGGACCAACCAGGCCUCAUCGACUUUGGCAUCUUUGAUAGGUGUGAAAAAGGAAAGACAACCAACUGCGAUCCAUGGACCGCCCUCGAUCUCCUCGUUUUCAUUGUCAUGGGUUUUGUGGGGGGACUCUUGGGGGCGCUCUUCAACUUCCUGAACACCAAGUUGACGAUUUACAGGAUGAAGCAUCUCGGUAGUCGCCGGAAGUUUGUCAGAGUGUUAGAGGCUAUCCUUAUCGUCAUGGUUACAGCGUCCAUUGCUUUUGGUGCCGCUAUGACUCUGGGACAAUGCAAGAAACUGCCGUCAUCAAAUGCGCAAGAGGCAGACAAUCGCUUUGUGCCGUGGUCUUCCAACGUGUCCAGUGGCAACGGCACAGAGGUCACCUUCUUCUGCCAAGACGGAUACUACAAUGACAUGGCCACUCUGUUCUUCAACUCCCAGGAGAUUGCCAUCAAGGAACUCUUCCACGAAGCAGGAAAGUUCAGCCUGCAGUCGCUAGGUAUCUUCUUUGGCCUGUUCUUCCUGUUGGCUUGUUGGACGUACGGCGCUAUGGUCCCAAGCGGUCUGUUUGUACCUUGUCUGUUGUGCGGUGCGGCCUAUGGACGAAUCGUCGGCAACAUCCUGAAUGAAUACACUGGCUUUGCGAACAUCAGUAACAUCUACUCGGGAACGUUUGCGCUGAUCGGGGCCGCCUCGUUCCUGGGCGGGGUCGUGCGCAUGACAAUCAGCCUCACCGUCAUUCUGAUUGAAUCGACCAAUGAGAUCAGCUAUGGCCUGCCCAUCAUGGUCACACUCAUGGUGGCCAAGUGGUCAGGUGACCUGUUUAACAAAGGCCUGUAUGACAUUCAUGUGGAAUUGAAAGGACUGCCGUUACUGGGCUGGGAGCCGCCCAGGAAAAUGGACAGGUUACGUGCCCAUCAGAUCAUGGAGACAAGACUUACCUACAUUUACCCGCACACCCGCGUACGCUCCCUCAUCAGCAUACUGCGCACGACGCAGCACCAUGCUUAUCCAGUGGUCACGGAAAACCUGCACACCAGUGCAGCAGCAGCAGCAGCACCGCCAAACAGCGCGGACACUGCAGUAGCUAGCAAGAACAUUCUCUAUAAACGGGAGAGCACGUUGUCGCGUUCCGAUGAGCAGAGACAACGAUCGUCCUCCGUCCGCUCAGUAGAGAUGCUGCGAGUCCACCGAAUGAGUCGCUUGGCAGCAGACUACAACUUAGCGCGCAACCGGCACGAUAGUGCAGAGAACACGGAGGACUGGGAUCGAGUCUCACUCCGAACUGAUCCGAGCGGUUACCCAAGCUGGCUGGCUGACGUGAUGAGCUUGGACGACAAUGAGGAUACCCGGGAUGACUGCCGACCUUUGACCUUUCAUGGGGUCAUCCUGAGAAGCCACCUGGUCAUGUUGCUGAAGAAGAAAGUCUGCUAUGCGGAGAACACAUCUAGUUUGUGUCAAGAGGAACUGAGCUACGGAGAGCUAACUGAGGACUACCCACGCUUCCAAGACAUUCAUGAUAUCGACAUCAACGCUAUCAACCACAAUAAGAUCAUGGAUGUGACCAGUUUCAUGAACCCCUGCCCCUACACCGUGUCCCCAGAAACCCCCGUCUCCAAAGUCUUCAACCUCUUUAGGACCAUGGGCCUGCGGCACCUCAUGGUCAUCAACAGCUGUGGUGAGGUCCUAGGGAUCAUCACACGGCAUAACCUAACGGAGGAGUUCCUGGAGGAAAAGCUGGAGUUCUACGGAGACGCCCCCCACCACUGUCGCAAUUCCGAUGCCGACAGCACUGCCACACCAAGCCACUAAAAGAUGCAAUGUUUGUAAGAAGUGAACUCAGAGUUAUUUACCCCAAGAUCCACAAGUUUGGUUUUUCAAGGGAGCCAAUGAAUCAUUGACUUCGGUAAAAAAAAAAAAGACCAAAGCUCCUAUAUUUCAUGCAAAAAUCUACCAGACUACAAGGGUAGUCGCUCAAACAUUUCACAAACAGAAGUAUUUUCACAAGACCAGAAGCAUUUUCACAAGAAGUAUUUUCACAAGAUAGGUUAAACCAUUUUUUUAUUAAAAAAAUUCUCUAAUGGUUAAAAAGAAAACCAAAAUUGCAACUAACAUUAACUUUGUCGUAAAGCCGAAUAUUUUACUAUGUUAAAUGGUAUUUUGGAGUACGUUUAUAGUAAUCAGUAUUGUGUCCAAAACAAGACACUAGAAUAGCCGUCAAAAUCAGUCAUGGAAUGCACUAAACCAAUUCUUAACGUAACAUACAACAUUUGCAAAUUAACAUAAAAAAACCAACUACCAACUUACUACGAAAUACCUUGCUUGGCUGUUGGUGAAUAAUAGUCUCAAGCAUCCUGUGAAACCAUGGCACCUGGUGUGCUGUCAUUUAAAAAAAAGUGGAAUUUUUGUAUCGUUUUCCAACGAUGGUCGGCCAACCACCGUUGGAAACAAAAAAUACUGCCCCCAGUUUACCAAGUUAAGUUAGUCCACAUCUUGUUUGCAAUCGGCUGCACAUCCGUGAAUGGGUGCAAGCCAGCUGGUCUGGUUCCCUGACCUGAUAAUUCCUGACGCCUAUAAAUUUGCUGUUUCACCUGAAGUAGGGUACAGGAUCCAGACUACAAGAACAGGAGUUUUUUUCCUUGGUUUUUCCAAACACAAAACGUUAAAUUGGUCAGUGAAACAAUAUUUGCUAUAAAAUACUACCCCCCCCCCCAAUCCAUCCAUUUUCGAAAAUGACAGCAAUGGCAAAUGGGCAAGUCCAAGAAUUCUCUCAGGCUGUGUCCCGUAUGUAACAAAGUUGAACCCUUUAAAAUAUUCAUGGACUGUAGUGAUUUUUCACAGCAGUAUCACAGCUUUACCAGUGAGCUUUGCCAUGGGUGUUUGCAUAUUACAUGUAGAUCACGCUCUAUUGCGGUAAAAUUCACAGUAGUAGUUAGUGGAACCGCCAUGGGUUGUACCACUUGGUACUUGUUUUAUACUCUCCGGUUGGGCAUCUGCGAAGAGAAUACCUACAACAAUUAUUAUGUUAAUAGUCUCUGUGAUGAUUAUGUUAUUAAAGAAAAUAUGAUGUUACGUACGGGACAAAAAGGGGACCUUUUCUUGGACUUGCCCAAAUGUUCUAUAUCACCUUUAAAUUACUGGACGCAGUCCAGCGAUCCUCAGCUGAUAUCUUGAGCCCUGCAAUCAUGUUAAAAAAAAUUAUUACAGAUUUCAACAACAUUUGUACAGCUUUUCACAACGAUACCAAGAACAUUUUGAAGUAACUUCCAUUGCAUUAUAUACAGCACUAUUAACUAACUAAAUAUUCACAAUAGACCCGAGACAUUAUGACGUCACAUUUUGUUUACAUGUGCACUUUCCUUUGGGGAGGCCAGCCAAUUAAGGAAAGUGCACAUGUAAACAAAGCAUGACGUCAUUAUGUCUUAGGUCUAUUGACAAUAUUCUUCUAGAUUCUUAAUGAAUUUACAUUUUACAAAUCACAUUAUACUUCCCUAUUUUGAGGGAAUGAAUAAUUUUUAUUGAUCUUGCCUAUAUUUUGAUUAGUACAUUAUAUAUUUUUUUACAUAUUUGAUUAUUAUUAUAAUUAUUAGUAUCAAAUGUCUACUGAUAUCAGUGAUCUGUAUUGUAUACAUUGUCUUUGCAGUUCCGAACCACACAGUACAUGUACAAUGGUAUUACAUGUAUAUGGCACAACUGUUGCACAAUUAAUUUUGUAACGCUUUUAAUUUCCAGAAAUACAAAGCUUUAGUUUCCAAUCUUACAAGAUAAUUUACAGCUCAUGAGACAGUCUUCCUCGUGGACAUCUUCAUCCUCGUAACGUUUCCAGAACAGGACAAAGGAAAAACAGAUCUAGAGGAUGUUACGACACAACGCAUACAUGCUGUGUAUAGACACAGCUCUGGAGCACUGGAGCUAUAAUUCUGUGGUCUUCGGUUUUAAUGCUUGCAAGUCAUUGAAGACAUUACAUUGUCAGUGGUGCAGUUAACAAAUACAGUGCAUGAUCCCUUAAGUAACUUCUAAAUGCUUACAAUGACAUUAUCUUUUUAAACAAUCAGUAUUUACACAGUGAUGCAACUCGUAAAAUGUAGACCCUAUAAGGCCUAACUACACAAAAUUACAUUUUGACCACCAAACCCUUUGAUUCAUUUCAAAAGGCCAUAUUACCUCCAAUUUUCU